AUGGGCCAUGGACACCAAGAGUCACGAUCCCUGCAGUUCUUUCUUGAACAGACCCUUGUACAGUUCCAGACGUAUUUUCCAGAUAGCGUAUGGGAGACGUAUAUGCUGCGCCGGGCCAGCUCGGAGGGUUGCAUCCGGCACGCACUCAUAGCUUUGUCGGCAUUCCACGAACAUUUUGUGCUUGGCCAUGUGGAGGACAAUGUUUUUGCUUUGCGACAGUACAAUUUAGCGAUUCAAGGGCUUACGGGUGAUGAUCGGCAACCCACGCCACAAACGUCGCUACUCUCUUGUUUGAUCUUUAUAUACAUUGAGACCCUUCGAGGACACUACGCAAACAUAUUUAGCCUGUUCAAAAGUGGCUGUAAAAUACUCCAGGAAUUAGAGCAGUCUCAGCAGGGCUGUGCCAGUAAAACGGGAGAAGCUAUAUGGAAACCCAAGGUACAAGUUGACGACAUAACUCAUCAAGGUAAAGCGUGCUUCUAUCGCCUUGGGGUGCAAAUAUUGCUAUUCCAAGGCGACAUCGUGCCCGGCAUUCCACCAGCGUCUAUCCUAGCGUAUCUAAAACCGACUCUUCAAUCCUCAAACGGAACCGAAUUCAAGUCAUUCUCCGAGGCGAAAGAAUCUGUCCAGGACCUAUACCUCCAACAGUUUGAGAUUGUCAUGAUGAACGCUGCCGAACACGCGGCAUUUGCCCAAAAACUACGAAAAUGGUAUCGAAGUUUCCAAGAGCUUAUUGCUUCAAAAGAGUCCAUUUCAGCCUUGAGCGUAGCCGAUAAGAGGACGAUUGCACUGUUAGAAGUUCACCGACAAGACAUUGCGCUGAAUCUAAAAGUGGUCACCCCAGGGACUGGCGAGUACGGCCGCAACCGGAUGAAAUGGGAUGCGCAUGUCGACGACUUUAGCAGAAUGGUUGACAACGCCGCCAUCGCUUUGGGAUCUGAUGAUUUCACUUCCCGGGGCAAACACCAGUUCCAUUUGCAUUUUGGUGUCACUUCCAUUCUAGAAUCAGUUACUAGACGGUGUCGAGACCCAUCUGUUCGGCGCAGAGCCCUGGCAUUGAUGACUGCAAGGCCGGUGCAGGAAGGGAUAAUGAGCUCAGAUCUAGCGGUCAGGACUUUGCGCCGCCUUGUUACGUUGGAAGAGGGCUCGAUGAUUGUUAGAACGUGUGAGGACGUGCCGGAGGAGGCAAGGGUGGUCUCCUCGGAUUUUGGGGUGAGUCCUUGCGGUACACAGGUUAUGGUUCGAUUUGGGUUCAGGUACGGGUCUUUUGAGGAGACUUUCGAGACUUCGCCAUUCUAA